UAUUUUGAGAUUGGAUACCAAAUACACAUAACUACAAGGGUACCAAAAAAAGCUGAGAAAUGAUUCCAACUGGCAGAUAUCUGAUUGGUACCCUAGCCCUUAUAUUCCUGGUUAACUAUGGAAGAUGCCAAGUUAUACCACCAACUCCUGACGCUGAUUGGGAAUACUACAUGAUCACCAUGGCAAUCCCUGUACAAGGAACUCCUCUCUAUGCCAGACCACUUUAUGUUUCUGCAGGUCAACUUCUUAAAAACUAUCUUCCAAGUGUGGUACCAUUACACAUAUUUAAAAUAACUGGAGAACCCAGAAUCCUGGCAAUUGUUAAGACGACUACACCUGGUGCUUUAUGUGAUAUUGCUUUGGGAGUUACUAAUUUUGGUAUGGAAAUCGAGACUAUUCCUCUGUACUCAUUUGAAGCCUUCUCAACCUUCCUUGGGGUACAGAGAGACUUAACUUUCACUCCACUGCGUGCAUUGCCAUGUGCUCGAGUCUACAUGUUUGAAACCUCCGUAGAAUCUCCAGGCGGUCUUGAAGAAUAUACGGAAGUCAUGAGAAACUAUACUACGGAAGUAUUACGGUUGAGAUCAGCUGGUAUUAUUAUGGAUGCUUAUAAAAUGUUAUCAGUUACACCAAAUAGAUUUGUCAUCUUCAGUUGUGGUACUCCUUCAUUCUUUGAUCAGAUGAUGAUGAGCGUGAGUAGUUUAAAUAGUGACUAUGGUUUAUACAGCGUAGAAAGAGCCGUUUCACUGGUGACAUGGGAUCCAUAUAAUGGAAAAGAUGCUCUAUGUUAUGUUGAUAAUUUUAAACAAGCUUAUUUCGGCCUUGGUAAAAAAUAAAUUUCGACAAUUUGAUUGGAUUGCAUUAAUUUAAUUAUCUUUUGAAAUAAACAUACGUAGUAUUUUCAAGUCUUUGGCUGAUGCUUUUUAAAAAUUUGGUCAACGAUUGUCACAGAAAGACAUCUGAUUAUGUGUAUGACAAAAGAGGCCUCGUUUGCUAUUUUGUCUGAAACUCUAAAAUUUAUAGAUCUAAACUUAUUUAACUAAUAUUUUUUGACUUGUUAUAAUUUCAUUAUUUUGAUGCCAAUAUAUAUUUUCUGGAAGGAUAAGGUUAUAUAGAAUUAUUGAAUAAAUUCUAAGAAAUAAUUAUUGUUUUCAGUUUGUUUCAUUUUUGUACAUAACCAAUUCAUAUCAUUAUUAUCCCUUAAUAUAUUAUUCAUCAUCAUUAAAUUAUAUUUUUGU